AGAAGAAGAAGAAGGAAUAAACAUCCAUACAUUGGUGACUGAUGUAUGCUUGUGGCGAUGUGAUUAAAGGAACUCAAUGAGUAAUCAUUGGACAUAUUUAAGACCUGACCGGCUUUAUUUAAUCUGAAAUGUAAAAUAAGCUGAUGCUAACUCGAUGGAGCCGUUAGCUUCUCUCUCCUGUGGAAUAGAUGAUGCUAAGCUAACGUGCUAACUGCCAGGUUAACGGUGACAAACGCUCAUGUUUUCACUGCAAAAAGAGGCAAAACUUACCAAACAACGACUGUUUUUAUAUUAAAGACUAAAGAGCUCCAUCUGUCCUCCAUGGCGUCGUCCGAGGUCAGCAGCUUGCCGGAGAUGAGUGAGGUCGUGAUCGUCACCAUCCCUGAAUCGGUGGAGGAGGACCUCCCCUCUGUGGAGGAGGACGAUAAAGCGGUCCUGGUUACUGCGGAGCUGCACACUCAGCCAGGGGAGGAAGAGCUCACAGCAGCACCUGAGGAAGCAGAAGAAUCCGAGGCGAGCAGAACAGAUUCCCUGUCGAAGGAAGAGGCAGUCAUCGUGAAGCUAACUGAGGAGGUGGACGUGGAAGCCGACAUCUUCUACCCGAUCACCUGUGGAGACGCCAAAGCCACGCUGGUCUGGAAGAAGUUUGUCUGUCCUGGGAUCAACGUGAAAUGUGUUCAGUUCAACGAGCAGCUCAUCAGUCCGAAGGAGUUUGUGUGUUUAGCAGGAAAAUCCACCUUGAAGGACUGGAAGAGAGCGAUCCGCCUCAACGGCACCAUGCUCAGGAAGAUCAUGGACUCAGGUGAACUGGACUUCUACCAGCACACAAAGGUGUGCUCCAACACCUGCCGCAGCACCAAGAUCGACCUGGUGGGAACCAAAGUGUCCCUGAGCAGCGACCAAGCUGAACUGGUUUCUGUCACGUCCUCCUCGGCCGACUUGAACGGAGCCUCAGCGUCUUUCUCUGAUGUGUCAGAGGAAACUUCAGAGUGGGUCACAGCCAUCGGAGAGGACUCGGUGGCAUUCUGGCGUGGGGUUAAGGAGGCGGGGCUUCUGGACGAGGUGGUGGAAGACUUUCAGAAGGAGCUGCAGGAGGUGCUGAAGGGGCUGCAGGAGAGAGUGUGUGACCCACCACUGCAGGUCAAAGAUGCCGUUUUACUCAACAACAUCGUGCAGAACUUUGGGAUGUUGGACCUGGUGAAGAAGGUUCUGGCAAGUCACAAGAGCCAGAUGGACCGGUACAGAGAGCAGUACACUCGCAGCCUCGCAGCUCUCGAGCAGCAGUGUGACGAGCACAGGAAGCGGGCCAAAGAGCUGAAGAGUAAAUCUCAGCACCUGAACAACGUCCUGAUGACCCUCACCCCGGUCCCGGCUCCCCCCGCUCCCAAGCGACCACGCCUCACCCGCGCCGUCUCUGGCCCCGCCUCGGUCAACGCCACCCCCACUCAGAUCACCCUGCCUCUGAACCAGCUGACCAGCCUGCCGCUGGGGAAGGUUCUGACUUUGUCAGGAAACCAGGCCGGCGCCAACCUGGGCGGGUACACCUUCCUGACCUCGCAGCUCUCUGGGUCAGAGCUGGCGACCGACACCGGUAACCUGACCGUGCUCUCGACGGCGGCGGGUCAGGAGGGCGCGGCCGGCGGCUCGGCGGCCUUCGUUAAGUUGCUCGGCUCGCAGUUCCAGCUGGUGACGCUUCCCGCCGGGCUGCAUGGUUUGACCACCGCGCAGGGCUCCGCCAUCCAGCAGCAGCUCGGCAUCAGUUUGGUGGAAGCCACGGAAACCACGGCAGACGUCCCGCAGGAGGAAAACCAGGCGGAGGGCGAGGAGGAGGGUCAGACUGAGGAGGUCAGAGAGGACGAGGAGCAGCCAACAGAGCAGCAGCAGUGAGACAAACACAGAUGUUCUCUCUCGUCUGUCAGCGGAUGAUUCACUUUGGACUCCGGACUCAAAGUUUCUCCUUCGAUGCCUCGAAUACAUUUUGACUUUUACAUUUCAUCCAUUGUGCUUAUUUUGUUCCUCGACUCAUAAACCUUCCUUUGUAGACGCCUCUUUGCUUUUCAAGAUGCCUCAAUUUGUACUAGAACACAGUCGGCUGUCAUGAGUGUGAUUUUAUGGUUGUUGUGAUUUUACUGUAAAUAUGUUUUUUGUAACUAAUAUAUUUGAUACAGCUGUAUCAAAGCA